UUGGGAUAUACUGUGGAGACCUCAAUUCAUGCGUGGUAGGAAGCAAAAAUGGCAAGCUAGUUCCUCUCGAGAAUGAUCGGUGUGAAAAACUGAAUCCGUAAGUUGACUAGUGCUUGCUACCAUUUGACGUCGUUCAGAACCAUUGUGACGUUCCAUGACCAGUACUCAAAAGCUGGUAAGGUGGCUGAAGAACAUAUUGGGAAUGGACCAAACACAAUAUGGUGCUUUACCCAUCUGAUUGGGAAUCAAUUCGAUAAAGAUAUGUGCUCCUAUAAGGUGUCGACAAACCCUCAUGGGGACAUCGCCAUUAUUGUAAGCUCCUUCGCCAUAUAUACUUUGUUCAAGAUGAGUAACGGACAGAAGUUCGUGGUUGUACAAUUAGUGGCAAUGAUUAUUGGGGAACUAAAGAUGAUCGCGGAGAAGUCAUCAAGACCAUAUGCUGUGAAUCAAAUUGUACUUAACACACCUGUUUUCUACGGUGAACGAGAAAGGAGUUCGUUAGUUAUGGCCUGCCGAAUCGCCGGGAUUGAGCAUAUACGCUUGGUGGAUGAUCUAAUGGCAGGACUGGAAUUAUCUCGUGUUCUUCGGAAUACUCAUUUUAUUCUGCAGGCAGCAGGACAUGCGUUAAAGUCUUUUCGGACCGAACGGAGAUUGCCGUUUCGUCCAUCCUCUGGAUUAUCGAAAGCGGAUCUGAUCAAGUGCAAAGCAAUCAACAAAGAAAUCGAAGCCCAUGCGCAGCAUACGGGGGAAGUAUGGUCCAGAUUGAAUCAACUGAAGGGUGAAAUAUUGCAAGCAAAUAGUACGAUAGCCUCGUGGUCCGAAUUCGCAUACCUAAAAGACAUCUACAAUGCAGCAAAGGAUGACAGUGACUCGAUGGAUGCGUGGCUCGAACAGAACAAAUCAUCCCGCCAGAUCGAAGAGUUCGACACAAGAAUUGCCGAGUUUUCCGAAAAAGUGCAGAAUCACAAGCAGAAAAAAUGCGAGGCUGAGAAAGUGUGGUCCUCUGGUGUAGAAUCUCUUGAAAAGAAGAUUGGCUCUGCCCGAACUCUGAUACAGUCCUGGUCACAACCGGCAUACCUGCAAAUGGUUUACUCCGAAGCUUCUGUCUAUGUGCAAGCAGUGUCCGAGUGGUUGGAAAAGAAUAAAGCUCAACUUAGCGUGGAGGAUCUUCACAAUCAGCUGACACGUCUGUGCAGUAAAACUGAGUUUUUCAAGCAACGACAGAACGAAGAAGAACAAAAGGAACGAAGUCGCUUACUAAAUAGGCUUAACGAGAAACUGAACUUCAUUCGAUCCCAACUGGAGAAUUGGCGAUCUUCACCGUAUUUGAUGGAUUCGAUAGCGGAUGCAGACACUUUUAUGGCCUCGGUUCAGAUGAGAAGGCCUCAAUUCGCGGCCGCCAGUCUGUCGAAUCUCACUUCAGAAAAUCUGAAGCUGGAUGAUUGGUGGAACGGCUUCGAGAACACGGCGGAAAACAGAAAAAACUCGAAGGUGAAACUCCCAGCCGGGGUGACCGAUCUAUUCAAAAAAUUCAAAUCGAAAAGUGCCUUACAUUUGGCUGAAGAAGUAAUAAACCCACCUACCUCGGAUCCUCCACCAAGCGAAUUCAACAGACCUUCCAGAAGUGGACACAGCCAACCGACAAAUCCAAUCACUGUUACUGUAGAAAGAUCACAGGAAAUUCGACCAAGCUACGAUGAGUUAUAUACGAGUUAUAUGGGUGCAUCCCCAACAUACCCCAACGCUGUGAGAAUUCAAGGGAAUGGAGACGGUUAUCCAUCAAAGAGUCGCGUUACAACUGUGACGCCCCGUAACUGGCCAGGCGGCGCAAAAAGGACGGACAAGUAUCCUCAUAAGUGAGAGGCACAGAAACUUGACAUAUUGGUUUGACAAUUUGCUUGUGUCAAUUCGAAUUUAAUUCCGUUCAUAUAAAAAACUGAUUCAUAUUUGAUUGACAACGAAGGUUCCAUUCCAUAAAGGUUCAUUUUAUCUACACCUCCUAUCUGUUACUUUUCUGGCCUUUUUAUUGGACUAUAACCAGAGAGGUCAUCGAAAAUUGCGCUUUAAAAGACUCUACCGAAGACUGCAACGAAGAUUGAUAAUCCAGUGGCAGUCGCUUUCGCUGUUUAAAUUUGUUCAUUAUUCGAGAUUUUGUACGCUUUUCCUACGGAACCUGAUAUCCACGACGUGAUAUCUUGAUAUUAUUUAAAAAAUUGAGAACAGUUAAGGAUUUCCGUUUUGAAAUACAGGAUAAAGUCAAGGCACCCCCUUCCAAUGGUCAUUCUUCUUCACCGUUUAUCUAAUGGAACGCAGUUCAAUUUCAGCGCGGGUGUAUAAAAAAUGAAGAUCAAUCUUUAGAUCCAUCAAGAUGCGUUUCUUUCUAACCAGUGUUCUUUUACAUGACUUUCGUUUUUUGAGCCAUCUUCUCCUAUCUUGCUAUAGUGGGCCUCUUCCCAGAACCGAAAGAAGGGUGUCUUUGCGACUGUGUCAAUAAAGAAUGUUAG